AUGGCCGCAGGUCCCCUCUCUGUGUCUUCAACCGCGUCAACAAACAACGAUGGCAUCCUUAUCGGUGACAAAGUUUACUCCGAGGUAUAUCUUACGAUCGAUAGCUCGCUCAUCCCCGAGGAUAGGCUGUCUCCGACGCCGUCAAUGCUCGACGGCCUCGACAUACACACCGAGACCGACCUUCGAAUCCUGGGAUGUGAGCUGAUCCAGUCAGCCGGCAUUCUUCUCCGUUUGCCGCAGGUGGCGAUGGCGACAGGGCAGGUGCUUUUUCAUCGUUUCUUUUACUCCAAGUCCUUCGUCAAGCAUAGUUUCGAGAUUGUUGCUAUGGCUUGUAUUAACUUGGCGUCCAAGAUCGAAGAAGCACCUCGGCGGAUACGAGAUGUCAUCAAUGUUUUCCAUCACCUCAAGCAGAUUAGAAUGAAAAAGACUCCAAGUUCAUUGAUUCUUGAUCAGAACUACAUAAACACCAAAAAUCAAGUCAUCAAAGCUGAACGUCGGAUUCUCAAAGAACUAGGCUUCUGUGUACAUGUCAAGCAUCCACAUAAGAUCAUUUUCAUGUACUUGCAAGUCCUGGAGUGUGAAAAGAACCAAACGCUGGUCCAGACCGCCUGGAACUACAUUAACGACAGUUUGAGGACCAAUGUGUUUGUGAGGUUCCAACCAGAGACCAUUGCUUGCGCCUGCAUAUUCCUUGCUGCCCGAGCUUUGCAGAUCCCACUUCCCGCCAGACCUCAGUGGCACUUGUUGUUUGGUGCAAGCGAUGAAGACAUUAAAGAAAUUUGCAUCACUACGCUAAAACUCUACUCAAGGAAAAAGCCCAACUACGAGCAGCUAGAAAAGGAAGUGGAACGAAGGAAGGUGUGCAUGGCAGAGGCAAAGCUGAAGGCCAAAGGGCUGAAUCCUGACGGCACCCCAGCCUUGGCCACUGUGGGGGGCUUCUCACCUGCUUCCAAACCCUCAUCCCCAAAUGUGGUCAAAGUAGAUGAGAAAUCCCCCAACAGCCAGACGCUCAAAGCGGUCAAGAAAGAGCCAGAUAGCCGCACUCAGACCAGCAAGAGUCCUCAUAACGGGUUGAGGAAGGAGGCAAAGAUCGGGAGAAACAGCAGGAGUGGAAGCCGCUCACGAUCGAGAACGCGAUCGCGGUCGAGAUCUCGCUCCCCUCGCAGACAUUACAACAGCAGGCGCAGUCGCUCGGGGACCUACAGUUCCCGCUCGCGUUCUCACAGUCGGAGUCCCUCUCCGCAUAGACGCCCCCCCUCGCCCCUGCUCCCCCACCUUAAAAUUAAGGCGGCACACCACAGCAACAGCGACUCCAAGAGCAGCGGUCGCCACAACAACAGCGGCCACAAAAGGAAACGCUCUCGGUCGCGCUCCCGCACGCCGCUCAAAGUUGACAGGGAGCGCGAGCGAGAGAGGGACAGAGACAGAGACCGCGGAGCCUUCGAAACAUCUUCGAAGAAACACAAGCACGAGCGCAGCACCGGUCAUCGAGGCGACAGGAGAGAGAGGGAGAGGUCGCGCUCGUACGACAGGGACCGGGACAGAGGGCACAAGAGCAAACAUCACAGCAGCAACAGCGGACAUUCGGGACACGGACGACACCGACGCUGA